GGGAAGCAUAGCACUCGCAUUGCAAGCGAGCAGAACAAAACAACGCGCCGUCGUGCGCUAUGCAUGCAACCAUGACCGGGGGUCUGAAGAACUAUCUUCACUGGUGUGUCCACACCAAUGUUUCACGGCAGUCACCACAUUCACUGGGGACGUCGCUAUUCCCGUGUUCCCCCUCUCCUACACCAUCGUCACACACACCUCCCAGGCCCUUGACAGCUGUCAGCUUACCAUCUGACCGUUUGGUGAGUCGAUAUAUAUCACCAUGGCAGUCCCGUCAAUAUCACUCGCCAACCUAGGCUGCACUGUCCUCCUUGCAUGGGUUCUCUAUCUUGUCGCCGGCGCCAUCUAUCGACUUUACUUCCAUCCUCUUGCGAAAUUCCCAGGUCCCAAGCUCGCCGCGCUAACGGGCUGGUAUGAGUUCUACCAUGAUAUCAUCCAUAAAGGUCGUUUUAUCUGGAAGCUCCAAGAGCUCCAUGACAAGUAUGGGCCCAUCAUUCGGAUAUCACCCGAAGAACUACAUAUCCGAGACCCGGACUAUUACGAGGAGCUCUAUGCUGCGGCAGCAAAGAAGCGCGAUAAGUAUGUAGGCUGGGUCGCGAUGGCGGGGGCUCCUGAUUCAUCAUUUGCAACUGCGCCUCACAACUUGCAUCGUCUGCGCCGCUCAGCUUUGAACCCGUUCUUUUCCAAACGAUCAGUCAAUCAGACCGAGGCGCUCAUCACGGCCAAAAUCGAACAGCUAUGUCGACGUUUUGAGAAAGCCUUGAAGACGGGCGAGGUCAUCCGUCUGGACGCGGCUUACAUGGCUUUGACGAUGGACAUUAUCACGCACUACUGCUUCGGCGAGAGCUACAACUACCUCGACGAGGACGAUUUCAAGGUCUCAUGGAAGGAGACCGUGAUAGCCGGGUCGGCCAACGGAGCAUUUCUCCGGCAAUUUCCUUGGGCCCUGCCACUGCUGAAGAAAACGCCACUGUCCCUUCUUCGGAAGAUGAACCCUCCCGCUGGCCAUCUGGUGGCGUGGCAGAGAAUGGUGCGCGCUCAAGUCGACAGCAUCAUCGCCCGAAACAAGGAAGGCAAGAAGACUCAAGGCACCAUCUUCCAGGCGUUACUGGAUAGUGACCUACCGCCCGAGGAAAAGAGCGCCGGUCGCUUACAAGAUGAAGGUCAGACUAUUGUUGGUGCCGGGUCGGAGACCACCGCAAAGUCACUGGCCGUCAUCACGUUCUAUCUUCUCGACGACAAAAAGAAGCUGGCGAGGUUACGGGAAGAGCUGAAGACAAUCAUGCCGACCCCAACCUCUCCAAUCACGCUGACCACGUUAGAACAGCUGCCUUAUCUGACUGCGGUGAUCAACGAGGGCAUCCGUCUCAUGUUCGGAGUGACGACCCGCCUGCCUCGGGUGUCACCUAAUGAACCCUUGAAGUACAAAGACUGGGUGAUUCCGCCAGGAACACCGGUCAGUGAAUCCAACUACUUCGUCCACAUGGACAGUAACAUCUUCCCCGAUCCAGAGAGCUUCGACCCAGACCGCUGGCUUCGAGCAGCAGACCAAGGCUUCCGUCUCGACCGGUACCUCGUCUCCUUCUCCAAAGGCAGCCGUAUGUGCGUUGGGAUCAACCUCGCCUACGCCGAACUCUACCUCACGCUCGCCCAUGUCAUAUCUCGCUUCGAAAUAGACAAUUAUGACACCACCGUCGAGCGAGACAUCAAACUCGAUCGUGACCUGUUCGUCGGCGUCCCCAGAGCCGACAGCAAAGGUAUACGGGGCAAGAUUGUUGGCCUGAGAAGUUGACCCUGACACGGAUCCCGCACAAAUCCUGGCCCGAGGCUGACCCGACUAACACGAGAAAUUGGAUCAAGCUUUGCCCACUAUGGGCUCGCAUGUGGGAAGCAAGUGUAGCUAGCAUGUCUGUCGAUUGGACGGAAGGGCAUGGUCACAGGACGCGAGCCCCAGCUUCCCAUCGAUUCUAUACACACACAGAGAGAGAGGACAUAAACCGAGACUGACACGUACAUAGCCCAGAUGAAACAUAGUUGAUGCCAUGUCCCGC